AAUUUAACCACUAUUAAAAAAAUCUCGAACCCAUUGAAAAAUCUGAAAAUUUUCACCAUUUCUGUCACAAAAAAGCUGUGAAUCAAAACGAAUAAAGAUCAUGAAUAGCCGGUGUCUUGUGCUGAGGCCAGUGAGGAAAUGGCAGGGCAGAGUAUUCUCAGUGAGGUCAGUGUCACAUGCCACUCGUCGAGACUGGAGCAAGUACGAGCCAGAACCACCAAAGAAACGCACUUCUCCAUUGUUCACACAAUAUCACAAAUGGGAUGGAUCCAGAAAAGUUCUGAGUAAAGAAAGCACAUCACUAAGGAGAUAUGAUCUAGAGUCUAACGUAUUAGCAAGAACAUUGGCAAGCCCCAUGCGUAUGGACAAAGUAACAAGAGAUGUAUCUUUCCCCAAGGCCCUUAUGUUGAAAUUCUCUAUAGCUAAAGAUUCAGAUGAUGGGCAAUUAUGGUUGGCUCCAAACAUUAGAAACCUUACAAUGGGGUCUGCUGGAUCAUACAUCAUCAAUAACAAGCAGGUGCUGGAGACACAUAGCAAGAUGAAAAAUACAUUCAUGCCACUCCCCUAUUUGACAAGUACCGUUACAAUGACAACCGUGGAUAAAGUGAAGUGGAAUUUUGAAACACACAAUGUUGUAAGCAGAUUAUUUAAUGAACUGAUGAUUGAGCAAAUUGAUGAGUGUGCUAUACCACUGAACUCGGCUAAAUAUAAUUACCUUGCUGCAAGAUCAGGUCAAAAUGAUAGAAUUUUUUCACCAGUCUCUAUAAAUGAACAUCACCAUUAUGCAACCAUAAUACAAGAUGACAAAAGUUUAGAGGAGUUGAUGGCAUUACAGGAUCAACCUGAUACAAAUACAGAGACAAAUUACGAUGCUGAAGCUGUUAAUUCUCAUUCAAUGAUUGCAGUUGAGAAUUCAAUACCCUUUGAUGUCGAAGAAUACUAUUCAACCCUUUCAGUACCCACAAUCGCAGAAGAAUUGGGCGUUAUUAGAAGAAAAAGAGAACUUAAAUCUUUUGUCUCGUUUGAAAGACCUCCCAUAAAGCUUAGGUUGUUUUGUCUUUAUACAUCAGAUAAAAUAGAACCACAAUAUCUUGCUGAGGCUCUUGAUUUUUAUGAUGUUGAUUUCCCACCAGAAGAUGAAAUUAGUAUUGAUGAAAUGACCAUCAUCACAGAUGUUCAAUACCAACAAAAUGCAUACAUGUUGGAAAAUCCAGAUGAUGUAACAUUGGACAUUUUAGCUGUACAAUAUGAAGAAUAUCUGUUUAAAGAGAUUCAUAAUGAUACUUAUCUUGAUGAAUCCAAGACACAUUUCAUAACAGCUUAUGAUUCCACAAAGCUCAAUGAUAAUGAUAAUGAUUUCAACUAUUACUCUUCAUUAGCUGUCCAUGAUGAGGUUUUAGAUCUUGUGUGUACCCAUUCAGCUGAUAUUGAAGAAGUUAGAUCCACACUGGUUCCCUUAGGUUUGGCUUCGAGCUUUACAACGGAUACUGAUGUCGUGAAGUUGCUACAGAAUGAAAUUUUGAAUGAUGUUGUUCUUCCAGAUAUUGAAGGUUUAGAAGAUGCAUUGUUGAAAAUUAAUCGGCAUUCAGUGGUGAUUAAUUGCUCCCCAAAUGAUGAGAAUGUUUAUGAAAUUAAAAAUAAUUUAUUCCACAUCAAUCUUGGAAAUCUUGAAAAUCUUGAAAAUCCAGAUAUCAAACAAGUUAUGGAUAAGCUUAAACCAAACUUGUUUGAAAACAAUAUGAUGAUAUUACCUCAAACUACUAAAAGAUUACGGAAAUUUAUUGACAAUUUGAUUAGGUUUGUCGAUUAUAAUAGAUAG